AUCCGUUUUAAACUUUUGCGACCGGCGCUGAGCUUACGGUAUGUAAACCAGCCUCCACAGACAUUCCAGUUUAUAACCAAGACAACAAACUUCCCUUCCACAUUCCCGGCUUCCAGCAACGUUCGCCGCUUUCCCCCAGUUUAGUGAUUACAGUAUACCGGCGACAUGGACUUCGAUCCUAUGGUAAUGGACGACGCCGAGUCGCUGGGGCCCGUCGUCAAGAUUUCCCAAGCAGACUCGGUGCGCACGAAAUUCGAGCUCUCUAAUGUUGAUAUCUCGUUUGCAAACUCGCUGCGACGCGUCAUGCUUGCCGAAAUCCCGACAAUAGCUAUCGACCUCGUCGAGAUCGAGGAGAACAGCACCGUUCUGGCAGACGAGUUCAUUGCCCAUCGCCUGGGUCUCAUUCCGCUCAAUGCCGAGGGCGUCGAGUCUUUAGUAAACUCGCGCGACUGCGACUGCGAAGGGUACUGCGAGCACUGCAGUGUAAGGCUUACCCUCCACGCCAAGUGCACGGGCGACGAAAACAUGUCAGUGUUUGCGCGCGACCUGGUACCGACGGGCGAACGUCUCAACCAAGUUUUGGGAACCCCGAUUGUUACAGACUCUGAAGGUCUCGGUCCUCUCAUCUUAAAGCUGCGCCCGGGCCAGGAGAUCAAGCUGGAGUGCAUCGCCAAGAAAGGCAUUGCGAAGGAGCACGCAAAGUGGGCGCCCUCAGCGGCUAUCGGAUUCGAGUACGACCCGCAUAACAAACUGCAUCACACGGACCUCUGGUACGAGCAGGAUCCAAAGGCUGAAUGGCCCCCAAGUGAAUAUGCCGAAUGGGAGGAGCCGCCGCAGGAAGGCGAGCCGUUUGACUAUGAUGCCGUACCGAAUCGAUUCUACUACAACGUAGAGACCGCCGGAAACCUGCCGCCCGAUGCAAUCGUUACAGAAGGCAUUAAGGUCCUGCAGCAGAAACUCGCCGGUCUGAUUCACGAGCUCACAGAAGGGGAGGGCGGGGAUGGUGCCAACGGCGACUACAACGGGCCACGCAGCCCAGAGUACAACACCGGCGCCGACGGCUUUGGCGGCUACACAACGCCGUUUGGAAACGCUGGCAACCAAAGCGCAUGGGGCGGCGCUGGCGGCACGACGCCGUAUGGGACAACGCCGUACGGCGCUGGUCAGAGCAGCUGGUCUUGAGUUCACUCCCUCGGGAUUGUCAAGCGACAUCAUAUCAGGCAUCGCCUAUACUCUCCUAUGCCUAGCGCCGGGAGAGCCGCUUGCGAUCUCCGCCGUCUAUUCACACGGGCUUAUCCAAGUCUGUCGCACCGCCAGCGGGAUCCUACGGCUCGUUUCGCCCUUCAGAGGGCGUCCACAUAUUUGAUUAUUGGCAGCGCCCGCGUGCGCGCCAUGUACAUCAUGAAAUCUUAAUUGGGAUGGCAGAGUCGGCCCCAGCGUGCGUAGGUUUUACUAUAUCAGCAUCUGGAUUGCAGACCGUCCUUCUUGGAUUGUACAUCUCUGUAGAUACCAUCAGGAGUUAAGGAACGGAAAACGGGGGCCGUUUACAUCAGCUUAAAUCGGUGGCAUAGAGAGCGUCUACGCUAGCUAGUCUACAAAACCUGCUACAAGACCGAGGAUAUAGAGUACACAAGCGGGAGAACAUAAAACCCAGUG